AUGACCUUGCUCCCAAACACAUACUUGGCGCAGUUUCAGAGUCUCCGACCAGACUUCCCGGCCUUGGCGGGGGAUGCGGUGCGCGCCUCCCGCGAGCGGCUCGGCGUCUCGAGCCAAGAGCCGCUGGAGCUGGUGGAACUGCUGGACGGCGUCUCCAACGAGCUCUGCCAGAUUGCGGAUGCCGCAGAGCUGGUAAGGAACGUGCACCCGGAGGAGGCCUACGUUCAGCAGGCCUCCGCGGCGGUGCAGGAGGUGGCCAACUUUAUGAGCGAGGUGAACCUGGACAGCGACUUGUACAACUCCAUGAAGGUGGCCGAAUCGUCGGAGCACUUUGGCAACAUCUCACUGGAAGCCCAGACAGUGCUGCACCACAUGCGUGUGUCGAUGGAGCAUGAGGGCAUACAUUUACCAGAGGAUGCCAAGGAACAGUGCAUCCAACUUCUGGACGCGGAGCAGCAGCUCUCCUUCAAGAUCUUGGAGCGCCAGGAGCGCUCGGAGGCCUCGGCCUCUGGUGCCUGGGUGCCGCUGUCCAGCCUCGGGGCUUUGAGCGCCCACGCGCGGGGCCUGCCGCAGAAGAACGACGAGGUGCUGCUUCCGCGGCACUCCGCGCUGGCGGACCAGGUGCUGAAGACCUCGCCCAGCGCGGAGGCGCGGCGCCGCAUCCAUGAGGCUGUCACCGGGGGUGAUGCGGAGGAGGGCAUGGUGUCGCUGCUGGCGGUGCGACAGCACCUGGCCAAGCUGCGGGGCUACGAGAGCUGGGCGCACUACGCGCAGCGGGACUCGCUGCUGCAGAGCCCGCAGCACGUGGAGCACUUCUUGGAGGCCGCGUGGCACCGGCUCCGGCCGGGGCUGUUGGCAGAGCUGCAGAUCCUGGCAGAGGAGAAGAGCUCCUUGGGCGACCCUUCCAAGUUGGAAGGCUGGGAUUUGCCCUUCUUGCUGCACCGGUGCAAGCAAAAGCACCAAACGGCCGACCAGAUCUCGCAGUAUCUCACCUAUGAGUCCCUGCUGAAUGGGGUGCGCCUGAUUCUGUCUCGGCUCCUUGGCCUGGAGUUCACGCAGGAGGAGCCGGCACCCGGAGAGCUGUGGCACCCCUCGGUGCAGAAGUUCGGGCUCCGCGACGACAACAAUAACUUGUUGGGCGUGCUGUACCUGGAUCCCUUCCAGCGCGCCGGCAAGAAGGUGCAAUCGGCGCAGUUCACACUCCAGGGCUCGAAAGUGCUCUCGGACGGGACACGGCAAACCCCGAAGACGUCCUUGGUCUAUGCGCUGCCGCAGGGAGUGCACAAUCUGACCCCGAGCUUUGCGCUGACCUUUAUGCACGAGAUCGGGCAUGCCGUGCACUCGCUGCUCUCAGAGACCCACUUUCAGCACCUGUCCGGCACCCGUGGCACUAUUGACUUUGUGGAGUUUCCAUCUCACUUGUUCGAGCACUUUGUGUCGGACCCGGAGUGCCUGGCAUCCUACGCCGUGUCGGGAGCAGGAAAGUCACUUCCAUUGGAACUGCAAAGAGCUCACCGCCAACGUCCUUUCAGUCAAAUUGAAGCAGUGCAGCAGCUGCUAUACGCUGUGGUGGAUCAGGCCUUUUAUACUUACCACCCAGUUGGAAAACCAGAAGCACAAGUUGCAGCAGUGCAGCAACAUUUGCGCGACUCGUUUUCCAAGUUCGAGCUGGACGGUCCUUUCAACGGAUCUCUAGUUGAAUUGUUGGGGCUUGCCUCGCCAUCACGGUUUGACCACCUGGUGCACUAUGGCGGCUCCUACUACUGCUACCUCUUCAACAGAGUGCCUCCCUGCAACAUUCGACGUAAAGUGCAGGAUGCAACUGCGCAAUAUCAGGAACUUCAGGAGUCCACGGUUUUUGAUCAAGAAUGGGGGAUGGCCGGGGCUGGAGCUUUUUCGACUUGCCAUGUGUGAGGGAGCUUGCCGUGUGCUCGAGGCGCUUGCAGCGCAUGUUUGGCGACAAGGAUUUCAAUCAGAUCCCUUCAACGCCAAAGCUGGCACGCGUCUUCGAGGUGGCCCCUGUUCCUUGUUGUUUCUCACCAGGAAAGACCUGUGGCUUGCUAGGCAUGCUGAGAAGAGGCCGGCUUGACAAGCAGAUUUGCACACAAUGCUUUGGGAAAUGAAAUGCAUCCGCAUCCCAUUCGCAUUUGGCAGGCUCUGUGGUUCAGACACUGGAUGUGAUUCGGGAGCUUUGCCCCGGUGAUCCUGCAUUUGCUGCACAUGAAGUGCCCUUGGAUGCUAUGAUGGAGCUAUCACACUCCAGCGCUUAGUGACAAAAUGGAGCGAUGGCCGGUUCUGCCACGAUGUUCCCAACCGUUC